CUCCACUUCUCUAUCCGGCUGCGAUCGUUCGUUUUCGUCACGAAGCGGAGGAGGGAGUGUAGCCUAGUCAUACGGGCAAGUAGGUGGAGAAAAUAAAAUAAUAAACGAUAUUUACGAUAAGCGACAGCCAACACCGUGAGAAAGUGAAAGUGGCAUCAGUCGGCAGUCCCAAAGACCGUCGUUUGAUCUGCUUUUCAUAGCUGUCAACUGUUAUUGAGUGAGGUCUCCUCCUAGUUGUUGACGGAUACAGUAGGCGACACGGGGAGACCAGCCUGUAUUGCCCUCGCCAGAUUUCAUAAGAUUAGAUAUUUGACGAGUGGUGUGGAGGCCAAGAUGUCAUCGAAGAUGCCAAGCUCUAACAACGUAACUCAGGCCAGAAGGACAGUACAACAGCUAAAGAUAGAGGCCAGUAUUGAGAGGAUAAAGGUAUCCAAGGCCUCAGCGGACCUCAUGCACUACUGUGGCGAACAUGCCAAGUACGACCCUCUGCUCAUGGGCAUCCCUGCCUCAGAGAACCCCUUCAAGGACAAAAAGCCUUGCGCUAUAUUGUAAUGACCCCUUUAUGUAUCUGUUGGCUUUUUAAUGUUCCUGUAUAUCUUUUUUUUUCUACUCAUCCACCCAUCAUGCCUUAAAGCCUAUAACCUUACCCUUUAAUGAAAAUGUUGUAUUUUAUCACUCACGUGGAACAUACUUACAGACAUAACAUACAGUGCAUUGAUACAGUACAUCGUUCAAAUAUACCUUGGGACACUGACUGUUAAUGUGUGUCUGAUUUAGCUCAGUGGAUUUUGUUUCCGACCAUCCCUUUAACAAGUCUGUUUUAAUCGUAUCUUCUGUCAUUUGUAUUAUAAUGACCUAAUUUAAUAUAUUUCAGGCUUUGGAGGUGUGUAUUUUCUUCUUCCCAUUGACUCAUCAUUGACCCGUGCCGCGUUCACGUGCUAGUCGGAACUAGGAAUCUCAGACAUGUUUGACUUGCUAACUGGUUGAACAGGACAUGUGUAUAACUACAACCAGUUAGCAAGUCAAACAUGUCAGAGUAACCUAGUUCCGACUAGAAUAUGAACGCAGCUUCAUGCUGUUUAUUAAUAACUUCCUGGUUCAACAGGAUGGCAUCUGGACUGUCAGUGAGCAAUGGAGGAAGUAGACCCAGGGACAAAUAUUUUCUAAAAUAGACAUCAUCAGAGCCCUCAGCCUUCUAUUAAUGUAAAGAGCAUAAGUUUUUGAUUAGUGCUAAGGAUAUUUUAACUCAAUGCCAAUUGUCGGAUGGGAAACUGCAGUGUACAGCUAAGACAGGUCAUUCACAACCUCAGUAUACAGCACUCCACCCAGCCAUUUAAACCAGGUGUUACAUAACAGAACACUGUGAGCCAAGUCGCCUUAACAUAUUUACGAUAGUGAUCAUGUAAUCAAUGUAUAGGUUGGUAUUUUAAAGAGGGGGUUCAGGUACAAGUAUUCUGUUGGGAGAGACCAUAGGAGGUGCACCAGCUUGGCACAUGGGUUGUUAUUAAUGGUGUAGUAAAUUAUUUUCACUCCAACUAUGUGCACUAUACCAUGUAUUUGAGCAGGCUGGUGGGGAAAAACUAAUUCUGAUUGGCUGGGCCUGGCACCCCAGUGGGUCGGCCUGACUUCGAAGUGGGUGGGCCUAUGCCGUCCCAGGCCCACACAUGGCCUCGCCCUUGCCCAGUCAUAUGAAAUCCAUAGAAUAGGGCUUAAUGAAUUUAUUCAUAUUGACUGAUGUACUUGUAUGAACUGUAACUCAACAAAAUCUUAGAAAUUGUUGCAUGUUGCGUUUAUAAUUUUGUUCAUUAUAGUAUAUGAUAUGUUACGUUUGGUAUGGUUACAUAAGAUAGAAAGUUAGUUAAGGCAAAAACAAAAGGAGGUUGGUUGGUUGGUUGGGAUGGGUGUAUAAUGCGAAUGCAACACAAAGGUUGCAUGCUUGAAUCUCGUCACGGACAAAUUUAGCAUUUUAGCAACUUGGCAACUACUUACUACUUUUUUGCUAUUUUACAACUACUUAGCAUGUUAGCUAGCCCUUCCCCUAACCCUUUUAGCUAACCCUUCCCCUAACCCAAUCCUUAACCCUUUUAGCCCAACUCCUAACCUUAACCCUAACCUUAACCCCUAACCCCUAGAGCUAACGUUAGCCAGCUAGCUAAUGUUAGCCACCUAACCAACGUUAGCCACAACAAAUUGGAAUUCGUAAGAUAUCAUACAAAGCUGAUGAUGGACAUCCACAAAUGAACACAUAUCAUACGAAACGUAACAUAUCAUACUAAAUGGAGUGUCUCAAUUUACAAACAGAUUUAUACGAAAUGCUCUGAGACCACGUUGAUUUGAGGCUGACCCCAAUGGCCUGUGAUAGUACUAAGUAUCCUAUUUGGGGGGGCAGGACCAAGUUUGGGAAACCCUGUCCUAUUGAACAGUAAAAAAAUAGAAUGUCCUGUAUGCCCUGUCGGUUAGCUGUUGGGAGCAUGUCUCGAUAAAACGAACCAGCUGUAUCGAUGUGGUUAGCACAGAUAGGCUGGAAAGUAUAAUUAUGUUUGCAUACACAAAGCCUUACAAGUGUUUGCAUUGUGGUGUGAAGAUUUUUUUUAUUUAUUCAUUAAAUGAAAUGGAUCUUUCUAUGCUGAUUUCCUGUGAUUUCUAACUGAAUCGUGCCAUCGUCUUGUCACUAGCAGAAGAGAAAAGAAAAUGUCUGAUUGUAUACACCUGGUGCUACUGUUUGUAAUGUUUUUGUUAGCCUCCCUCCAAAAGGUACUUCAUUCAUCAUAAAGGUCUUGAAAUCAGAGACAGGGAGACCCAGUAAUCCAUGAUGAAUUCUUGAGCAAUGACAAUUGUAUCUCGACUACUUUUCUCUCUGACAGUGUAUCUCUCUAAUAUGCUAGAUCAGGUUACUGUUACUUUGUGACAUCACCAGACAAUUCUGAUUCAACCAGCAUACCAGCAAUGGCCUUUAUAUACCUUUGUGAGACUCUUACGUGACCUUUCCCUGACCCUCUGUGAAGACAGUGUGAACCUGGUGGAUUAAAGACAUCUGUAUGUGGUUUUGUUCAUUAUAACAAGUAAUGGAGCCUUUGUUUCUCUCUCUGCUGCAGUACAGUCUUUCCUGUUGUUAUUAAACAUGGAUUUAUAAUUGCA